AUGGCGUUGCAAGGGUUUCAGGAGAACAUAAAUCACAUGACCGACGACAACAGCGAUGCUCUAUUCGUAUGCACAUUGAUGAAUCUUCUCCACGUCUUUGGCAUGUUUGGACCGCUCUACGACGGCCCUGCCGCCGGCCGCAAGUCCCGGAUCCUCGGAGCCGAGUGGAUCCCCAUGAUCCGCGGCGUCGGCGCCGUACUGAAGCCGGUAUACGAGCGAGUACGGUUUGGACCCUUGAGUCCACUGCUUGGUCUCGGUAACUGGGAUGAAUUGGAUCCAAAUGACCAAGAAGUCGCACAGGACGGUCACUUUCGCAGUAUUCAGCAGGUCUGGGCUCAGACCCACGAUGCAGAAGUCUACGACAAGGCCACUGGGCAACGAAUAUCGACAACAAUGGCCAACAAGAAACGAGACACAAUCCGAUAUGAGCUCGCUGACGACGAAACACCAUAUCUGAGCCCGGCGCCACCUUAUUCUAUCCCGAGGAAAGCAGUCGGCACAAGUGAUCUGGCAAACGCCGCAGAACUGCCCUCCGAACCGGUAUCACCAGCCUCGUCUUCUAUAUUCGGCGGUUUCGGCAGCAAUGACGUCAAAAUACGAGAAGAUGCUCGAGUCGACGUCGAUUUCGACUCAAAGCUAGUUCGCAGCCUAACCCGCCUCUACCACGCGCCCUCUGAAAAGCAUGACGAACCAAAGACGCCGUCACCAGAGUACUCUGAAGCGCAACCAAAGUUUCAGACAUGGGCCACAAAGUUGAACAUCGUCAUUCAAGUUGUGGGGAGUCGAGGAGAUGUGCAGCCCUUCAUCGCGCUUGGUAAUGAGCUUCAACGACACGGCCACCGCGUCCGCCUGGCAACCCACGACACAUUUGAAAACUUUGUACGAGACUCUGGCCUCGAGUUUUACCCCAUCGGUGGUGACCCAGCCGAGUUGAUGGCGUACAUGGUUAAAAACCCGGGCCUGAUUCCUAGCAUGAAGAGUCUCAAGGCGGGUGAAAUCCAAAAGAAGCGCGAUAUGGUCGAGGAGAUGCUCGAGAAGCUGUGGUAUUCAUGCUUGAGACCUGAUACCCUGACUGGCCAGCCUUUUGUAGCCAACGCCAUCAUCGCCAAUCCCCCGAGUUUUGCACAUAUUCACUGCGCACAGGCUCUCGGUAUACCGGUUCACUUGAUGUUCACCAUGCCUUGGAGCAGCACUAGAGCCUUCCCGCAUCCCCUCGCCAAUUUGAAGAACGCCGGCAGCGACCCCCAACUUGGAAACUACAUCUCGUACAGCGUGGUCGAAUGGCUGACGUGGCAAGGGCUGGGCGAUCUCAUCAACAAGUGGCGAAAAUCGAUAGAUCUAGAAGAAGUGGACAUGUUUGAUGCUCCCAUGCUCGCACAAACACUGAAAAUACCCUUUACAUACUGCUGGUCGCCAGCUCUUGUGCCGAAGCCGGCUGACUGGGCUUCGCAUAUCGACGUUUGUGGAUUCUUCUUUCGCGACCCUCCUCAAUACUCUCCACCAGAAGAUCUCGUUCGGUUUCUCGAGGCCGGUCCGCCACCAGUCUACAUCGGUUUCGGGAGCAUCGUGCUAGACAACCCAGAAAAGAUGAUCAGCAUUAUACUCGAAGCUGUCCGUGUUGCUAAUGCCCGCGCCAUCAUCUCCAAGGGCUGGUCUAACCUCGCAGGCUCGGAGAGUGAGAACAUAUACUGGAUAGGGGAUUGCCCCCACGAGUGGCUCUUCCAGCACGUUGCUGCGGUAGUUCACCAUGGAGGUGCGGGAACAACAGCUUGCGGGCUGAGGAACGGAAAGCCCACUACUAUCGUUCCCUUUUUCGGAGAUCAACCUUUCUGGGGCCAGAUGGUGGCCAACGCAGGGGCAGGCCCCAACCCGAUUCCACAUGCAAAACUAACAGUGAACAAUCUUUCCGAAGCCAUUGUGUACUGUCUAUCGCCCGAGGCUUCGGCUGCAGCUGCGUCCAUCGCCGCCAGGAUGGCUUCUGAAGUGGGUGUUCGUGCCGCUGUGCAGUCGUUUCACAGACACCUACCUCUCGAGCAAAUCCCAUGCGACUUGAUCCCAAGUGAGCCGGCUGUAUGGCUAUAUACUCAUUCGAAACGACCAAUCAAGUUUUCCAAGAUUGCCGCAGACAUUCUCCUGUCUCACAAGUCGAUCGAUUUCAAGCACUUGAAACUACAUCAGACCAACCCCAUCUAUAUUGAAAACAAGCGAUGGGACCCCAUCUCUGGGGGUGCAUCGGCUGUCAUGGCGACAGCAACUGGCAUGGCCGGUUCGAUGACGGGCAUCGUCACCAAGCCAGUGGAAGAGUACCAAAACGAGAAGAAGCGGCGCGCUCGCCAGAUGAAAGGAACCCAGUCUGUAGUCCCAGCCAUCGAGGAUGAGAAAGCUGGUCCUUCAGAACGGGCCUCGGGCGACUCAUCCCAGCCAAACAGUGAGCAAUCGGGCUCUCUGGCUGGUAGAAUGGCAGGGGCAUCGGCCAAGAGCAUUGGAAAACUCGGUCCAACAGCUCUGAAAGGCAUGGUGGUUGAUAUUCCUCUUGCUCUCACCGAGGGUUUGAAAGCAGUGCCACACGCCUACGGCGGCAAUGUACGUGACCACGGCCCCGUGAUAGACGCCAAGAGCGGGAUGGUCGUGGCAGGCAAGACUUUUGCCUGGGGUUUCAUAGACGGCCUGAGUGACGUCGUAACGGAGCCAUACAACGGAGCCAAAAAGGAGGGUGCUCUGGGGGCUUUCAAGGGCCUUGGGAAGGGCGCCAUGAGUCUGGUGACCAAGAGCGGCGCUGGCAUGUUUGGGGUGUUGGCCUAUCCCAGUGCCGGCAUUUCCAAGAGCUUGCGGACGGCUGUGCACAGUUCGACGCGUAAAGCGAUUGCCCAGGCGCUCCGAGAGGAAGGGGAGUGGAUGGUGAAGAAUAAUGGGGAUGCGGUAGAUGCGAGCGCAUUGAUGAAUGACUUUAAGAGCAUUUCAAGUACUUGA